AUGGCUCAGCCGGUCACGUCUGCUACGACAUUAGGUUCCUUGACAAACCACAUCGUAACUGUUGAUAAUGUCAAAGCGUUAAAAAAGGCUGUGCAUGAUGAGAUGGAAUGUAUUGGCUGUGGUUUUCAUCAAUAUCGUGUUGUUACAAUUUUAGGAUUUGGAAAUGUUGCGGAUGCCGUAGAAAUUCUUGCAAUUGGCUACAUUUUGACAGUAUAUGAAGAAUCGGAAGGGGCGAUGACGCCGUGGGAAUCCAGUCUAUUAACUGCUGCAGUAUUUGUUGGCAUGUUAGGUGGAGGUUUAAUAGGGGGUAUAACUGGAGAUAUCUAUGGUCGUAAACCAGUAUUGCUGACAACAUUAGCCAUCAAUGCCAUUGCGGCUUUUCUAUCGGCUUUUUCUCCAAAUAUCACGUGGCUUAUCUUCUUUCGGGCUUUGGCCGGUUUGGGUGUGGGUGGAGCAGUUGCUGUACUCUUUGCUUUGUGUCUGGAGCAUGUUCCUGUAUCGUCAAGAGGACGAUACGUUACAAUUUUGUGCUCAUUUUGGAUGGUGGGUGCUGUGUUGACGGCAGGCACGGCGUGGAUCAUGCUAGGCAAGUACAGUAAUGGUGAACAAAUAUUGCACCUUUCGUGGCGCUGGUUUGCCGGAAUUGUUGGACUACCGUCACUUACGUGUUUUAUGCUGGCGUGGUGGUAUGUUCCCGAGAGUCCGCACUUUUUGGCAAGUAAAGGGGAUGCACAGGGUGCAACAUCAGUGUUGCAGUAUAUUCACGAUGUGCAUCAAAGUGAAUGUCAUAUUCAAAUCAGCUUUUCUAGUGUCAAAGACGUUAUAAGUGCAAAGAUGGUGCAAAAAAUAGAGGGAAGCUCUCCGUUAGCAUUGCAGCAGAAGCCACAUACGGAAGACUCGGCAUCCUCGCACAAUGUCGUUUGCAGCUGGGAUAGCUUGCGCGUCGUAGCACGUUUGUUUGAGCGACCAAACGCAGGGCCUACCCUGCUAUUGAUGUUGUGCGGUUUCUCUUUAAGCUUUGGCUCGUAUGGUCUGUCGACGUGGAUCACAAAGCUAUUUCAAAGUGCUGGUCUCGCAAAUCCUUUUAAAAACGCAUUCCUGUUUGCUGGUGCUAAUCUACCGGGUAACAUUGUCAGCUUGUACCUGAUUGAUGUUAUCGGCCACCAGCGCCUGCUAUCCUGCUCGCUCUUCAUGUCGAGCUUCUGUGCGCUGCUGUUUGCCUUCAACGUGGAAGGAUCUAAGAUUAUCAUUGUCGUAAUCUCGUGUCUUUUCAACGCAUGCACUACGGCAGCCUGGAAUGGGUUCGGAGUCUUGUCGGCGGAAAACUUCCCACAGGAGCUACGAACGACAGGUAUCUCGAUGGUCAACUGCUCAAACCGACUUGCUGCCAUUACAGCGCAAUUCGUAAACGGUUUUCUCAUGGGUCCUCCAUCUCACCUUGAAGCACUGCUAUUGGUCACAACCUCGGUAAUGGUGACCGGUGGCUUUGCCUCGCGCUGGAUUAGUCAUAAAGGAGAUGAUGACAUUGAUGCUAUCAGCAGCGAGAAUUUGGUGGUAGACCCAGAAGCUACGCCUAUAUUUCGUGAUGACGAAGGAGAGCGCUCAGGAUUGAUCCGGCAUGACAUUGUUCUUCACGAGAAGACCACCAAUCUUACUGAGGCUCGUCAGAAGGAAUACAAGCUGGUGAAAAGAAUAUAA